AGGGUGCAAAUCACAUCAAAGCCAUUGAAGGUCUUGAUCGUUUGGAGCAUUUGACAAAGCUUCACCUUAGAGAUAAUCAAAUUGACAAACUGGAUGGAUUCUCUGAAAACAUGAAAAACCUGCAAUAUUUGAAUAUGAGGGGAAACAGUGUCUCGGACAUCAAAGAGGUCAAUAAACUAAAGUGUCUCCCAUUACUGAGAGCUCUAGUCCUCAUGGAGAACCCAGUAUCAGAUGAAGACGACUAUCGUAUAGAAGUAUUGAUUACUUUACGAAGACUCGAGAGACUCGACAAAGAUGAAUACACAGAUGACGAGAGACAAGAAGCAGAGGAGGUUGGUUUGUUGUUGUAUUUUACUUGGGGAGACUUCAUU